AUGGCUUCAUCAGCCCCGCUUACCACCGAGCAGGCAGAGGCUGCUGGACUUCUCCCUGCGUCGCAUUGGCAACAGCAGGCUGACGCCCUUGAAGAAGAAGAUACAGUAGAUGACGGCGCCUCUUCAAUCGGCUCGAUCGCUUCGACCACCGCUUCCUUGAGUUCGACUAUCUAUGACUACCGGACUGUCCAUAAAAGAACCUACCACGGUGAUGUCGGCAAUGCCGAGUCUUGGGAGCCCAAUGACCAACGUCAUGUUGAGGCGCUGGAAAUCUACCACCACGCUAUGUUGGUACAGCUGGACGGAAAGCUCUACCUUUCGCCACUUGAUAAGAAGAAGGUCUAUAAAGUGUUGGAUAUUGCGACAGGUAAUGGCAUGUGGGCCAUUGACUUUGCCGACGAGUUUCCGAAUGCGGAAGUCAUGGGCACCGACGUUUUCCCCAUCCAGCCCUCAUGGAUUCCUCCAAACGUCAAGGUCUGUAAGCCAGGCGGUUACGUGGAGAGUUGUGGCAGUGGCAUGACUUGGCUGAGUGAUGAUGGAACGGCAACUGAGGCUAUGGAUCAAUGGGGCAAGGUGUUUAGGGAGGGUGGUAGGAAGUUGGGGAGGACAUUUACGGUGUAUGAGGAGGAUUUGCAACGUAAGGGUAUGGAAGCAGCCGGAUUCGUUGACAUUGAGUUUGUGGGCAUUCAAUGCCCAAUGGGGGUCUGGCAUCCGGAGAAGAAGGCGGCGGAGAGAGGUCUGUGGUACAAGUUGGUAGCUGAGGCGGAUAUCGAGGUAGGAUACCUCAAUUACGUCUUCACUCUCGUUAUGGGAUAG